AUGGGCCGAGGAUCGAAUAAAGGGUUGCUCCAACCCGAUAUAUUAAUCAGACGGGAACAUGAAGUUCAGGACCAAAACAGUAUCUGGCUGCAAGUCUUACUGCUGUUACUGGUGUGCCGAACAAACAAGCAAAGGAAAGAGCAGCAGGAGCAGGAGGAGAACGAUUUGAACAAAGAUGUGGUGGAUGACGAGGGCAACGAUGCCGACGGGGACAGCAACAAUAAGACCAAGGUGGAAGCAUUGUCGGCCCUGCGUGAUUUCAAGUACAACCUCCUGGUGACCCUGCAAGACCCAGCACGAGGCCUCGAGGUGCGCACCCUCAACAUGAUCUUCGAUGAGUCUACAAUCUAUGGCCAGCGCAAUGCAUGUCAUGAAUGCUGGUUGGUGACCAGCAACCAGGCCAGCACCUUGACCCGGAAAACGAUUUUCAAAAGGCUUGUGAUCGACAAAAUUCCGAUGCUGCCUCGGGCGGUGGAGAUGGUGAAGGUUGAGGUCGGUCGCAAAGUGUGUGCCGAUACGGAUAGGCUGUCCUGGGCCCAGGAGAUGCGGCAGCACCUGGCCGGGACCGGGCUCAUCAAGCGGGUGUUGACUGCAUUGGAUGUGAACAAAAUGCAUUCGGUGGUCGUGGACCUCUUCGCGCACGACGGCUGGAUUGCACUUGCAGCCUUGCAGAUGCAAUUGGAAAAUUCCAAAGUUGUUUGUGCCAUGGUGGCGCACACCGACGUGGAGCACAAGUUCUGCAAGGACGUGAUUCUACACUCCUUGUUCAGCAAGGCAAAGUCAAAGCAAGUGGCAAUCACUGGGUUUCCGGACUUUGCCGCUGCCAUGGCGGAUCUUUCAAGGGUGCACACGAGUGAAGUCCGGUCGGAUUAUGAUUACCAGGUGACUGUGCCGGUGGGCGGUUGCCUCAUCGUCCUCCAGGCACUGAAGACGAAAUUCGAGGCAUCCCAGGUGGUUGCUGAUGAGUUCCGAAGCCUCCUGGAGAAGCACGACCGCGACUUCAACCGAGAUCACAAGACGGCCAAUGGGCCUGCAGCUGGGGAUAAUGAGGCCAGGCAUAACCGCCAGAGCCCCAAGAAGUUGGAGAAGACCUUCGAUGAUUUCACGACAUUCCAGGCGGCCCACCCCGCGCUGAUGGAGUGUGUCAUGCCAGAUUUCAGCAUGCUUUAUGAUCUGGAAGAUGCGAGCCUCUGGAUCAACAGCGACAGGAUUACGAACAUUCCAUUGAAUGUGGAAUUCUUUGGAUUCGGAUCCGGAGAUUUCGCUGGCGGUGCCACAGCCAACGAUGUGCUUUCCGACCCGGCAGGGCGGUGGUACCGGUACUGCAUGACCGGCCCAGUGAAGGACCUGCUGGUCAUAGUGGAGUGUGACCGAAAGUUGCCGGAGGAAGUCAAAAACUUGGCGAUUUGGAACAAGGUCAUGUCCCUCAAAAGCUUCUUGGUGGCCCUGGAAGAUGCUGGGGAGCUCGUGACUAUCAUGGGCCACACGAAGACGGAGGACGAGCUGACGUGUAAUGAAAAGAUUGUUUUCAUUAUGGAUCCAUUGAAAAGUGGAGCGAAGAAGCGCAAGCUUUCGAAGGCCUGCAGUUGUGUGCUUUGUUCCGGUGUAGAGCUUUGCUAA